UCAAAAAGUUUACAGGUGGCGUCGACAAUACGUAAAAAUUCGAAUUCUCGCGGCAACUAUUUUAUAUUUAUGAAUUUUAUUUGAACGUAACGAGUAACUCUUUCUUAAAUAGGUUAAUUAAUUCGUAAGGGAGCGAUGUAAUUCGUAUAUAUUUAUGUAUAAAAUGCUCGUAAUGUAAACUAACGUUAGUCGAAUACGUUCAAAGAGAAGGGACUUGCUGUUCGAAAGUUUAUAGAACCGCCAUUGCUACCAAGUAAUCUGACAGUAAUCCGAUGAAAUCGUUUCUACCGCUAAAAAUUUUGUGAGUCUGGUGUGCCUUCUCGAUAGUAGUACGUCUAGUCAGUGAUUUGUGACCGAGAAUCGUGAUCGGGAACCCGUUGAAGUAGAAACAGUCACCAACUAGUUCGACCUUAAAAGUCAUCUGGCAUUGAUCGUUUAUGUUCACAUUUUACGGAAUAAAAUCUGUGAUAAUUCUCGAACUGGUACUUUUAACUAGAAAAGCAUGUCGGACACAAGACGACGUCGAAAAUCUAAUCAGUCCUGUGGUUCCGAUGACCUCUCGGACUCUGGCGAAGAGUUAAAUGCAACGAAAGAAACCCAGAGCAGCGAACAAACUGAUGGUCAUCAAGAUUCAGAAUGUGACAUUUAUCCAUCUGAUUCUGAUGCCGAAUCUCAAGAUGGUGCAUUACGAGAAAGUGGAGAUGGACAAGAAGAAGAAAAACCACAAAAAAAAUUAGAUGAUGAUGAAGACAGACGUAAUCCACAAUAUAUUCCUAAAAGAGGAACAUUUUAUGAACACGAUGAUAGAACUACAGAUGAAGUAACAGAUAAUACUGCAGAGCCACAAACUGAAAGAGAAACCAAAGAAAAAAAAGUAUGGAAAGAUAAAGAGGAUAGGUGGGAUCAUGAUCGAUACAAUGACGAGGAACAAGCACCAAAGAGUCAUGAAGAAUUAAUAGCAGUUUAUGGUUAUGACAUAAGAAAUGAAGAAGGUCCACCUAGAGCUAGAAGAAGAAGAAGAUAUGGCCGUGGUCCAAAUAAGUAUACUCGUAAUUGGGAAGAUGAAGAUGCAUAUGGAAAAGCUGGAACUAAUGUCUCUAAUAAAAAUAAAAAAUUCAAUAGAAGCGGUGAAGAUUUCCCUGCUCUGGGAACUACCAAAAAUGCUCCUGUGCCUGUAGAUGAACCAGUGAUUUCGUCGGCUUGGUACAGUAGUAAAAAUAAAUCACAAACUAAAGUACAAAAUUUUCCACCUCUACAAGCUCAGAAUGAUAGCCCAAAAACAAAGUCUAGCAAUACAUCUAAUACUCACACAAAUGAAAAUAAAGCUCCUAAUGAACCGACCAAUCCAGCUUGGAAAAAGGAUACCAAGAAUUCUUCUUACAGUCAAAGUAGUAAUGGAAACAGUGGAGCAGGCGGUGACGCGGAUAAGUUAGUCAGUACAAAAAUAUCACCCAGAGAUAACAACAAGAGGAACGUUCAAGAGUCUGUAAGCUUGGCGGCGAGUAGAACUCGCGGACGAGGAUUCAGAACAAAUGCUAAUAACAAUAUGGUCACUAAUAGAACAGUUGAGACAAAACCAAAAGGACGUGGAGCAGGUCCGAUUUCUGCCGAGAAUAAGAGAAACAAUGCUAUUCAAAAUGAUGAUGAACAACAAGUUUCCCAUGACAUGAAACACCUUAACCUUCAUGAUGGUACGCAAUAUCAUCAAGGUGGGAGACACAAUAAAAACUUUUAUGGACAGUCUUCCAAUCAACAGAGAUCAGGAGCAGUACCUCCAAGAAUGCAACAGCAGUCUCAUUCACAGCAACAACCACAACAACAACAAUCGUCGCAACAACAAUCAACUCAGCAACAGCAAGACGGUUCCGCUAAUAGACCCAAACGUUAUUCUAGCUUACGACAACGUCCUACCGCUUCCGAAAAUCCGGGACAACAAAAUUAUCCAUCACAACACGGACAACAUGGACAGCAUAAUCAGCAUAAUCAACAUAGUCAGCAUAAUCAACACAAUCAACAUAAUCAACAUGGAUAUUUCCCUCCUCAAGGAUAUCCACAGGGUCAUUUUGAACAAUCUACGCCUGUUCCUGGCGCAGCUGCACCAAUGGCUGGUCAACCUGUUAUUCCUUUACCGCCGAAUGGUCAACCUGCAAGUUACGCUCCACCACCUUUUUUGGUACCGCCACCACAAUUUAUUCCUCCGCAGACUGCUCCACCUAGUAUAAUUAAUUAUGUUCCGGGUCCAAAUGGACCAGCAUUUCCACCAAAUUUCCAAGGUUAUCAAGGAUAUAGUCCUCCAGUACAGCCACAGCGUCCACCGCCACCACAAGAACUAUUUCAGCCACAAGGUUGCACUUACUAUAGCCCAGCACAGCAACAACAACAGCAGCAACAAUCUGCUCCGAUUAGACGACCAAAGGCAGCUAUUCCAAUUCUUCCUCCGCCGGAAAAUCAACAUCAUCAAACCGGUAGAGGAAGGGGCAGGAGCACGCAACAGGCACAGAAUAAUCAAGUGGGUAAUAUGCAACAGACUGAUCAGGAAGUUAAGACUAACUUGGUGGAAGGUGAUCAGAAACCCGUGUCAGAACAAUUUGAUAACGUCCAAUCAGAGCAAAUUAUAGAUUCCGAAGAAAUACAGAAAAAUGAUGAUUUAAGUGAAGUAACGGAUACUAUGGUUGAAAGCAAAGAAAAAGAUAUUGAAAAUGUUGAUAUAGAUAUACCAGUGGACUCUGAAGGUGUUAUAACUGACCAAGUAGACGGGACAAGUGAUAACGAUUCAUUAAAAGUUACUGUAAAUGAUCAGAAUAUUAUUCCGCUUAUGUCUGCGCAAGCAGUCGCGGAAGAGACUGAAAACGAUUCGAGUAAAAUCGAAAGCGCUACGUUGGGAAGUACAGUUCUCGAAGAAGCAGCAGCUUGAAAAAAUAUUACACGAUCUUUAACAUUUUUUUAUGAAAGACGUAAUUGUGAAUGUUCUGACUAUGAGUAUACAUAUAUUAUAAAAAUACUGUGUAAUUUUAUUGGAGUUAUUACGCAGUUUGUAUAGUAAAUUGGUAUUCACAGCUUGCUGGUGAAAUACCGUAGGAAUUGGAUGUGUGCGUAUCUAAUACAUAUUUCAAACGAUUUUAUCUAACUCCAGCAUAUUGUACAUUUCGUAGUUCACAUUUGUAUCAAUGUUUCACUACGAACUCAUCGAUCUGCUGCUAUUAUUAAAUUACAUCCUUCUAUAUUGUUAAAUUACUUUCAUAUAUAAAAUCUACUAAUAAAUAAUUAUUAGUAGGCAGAACUAGUGUUAAAUGUAUUCUCGUAUAUCGACUAUUAACGCAUGCAGCAUUGACUGGUUAAUAAAUCGAUAUCGUUUUAAUACAAUGGCUAUUGUAAAUAGAUCAUAGUCGAGUCAGUAACCUCAGUAUGUAUUAUGUCUUUUAUGUACAAACAUGCUUCUAUACUGCUACUCAUUAACCAUUUGGCGCGUAUUUUUUUUAACGUGAUUCCAGAAAUGUAUUUUUGCUUUCACUCAAAUUCGAGAAUCAUCGUAAUUUUUAUGUGUCAUGCACAUAAAAGUUUAUUUAAUAUUUAAAUAAAUAUUAAAAAAAAAUAUAUAUAUAUAGUAAAUAUAGUUACUUAAAUAGUUUAGUUUUUUAAAAGUUUUUAAACGUUUUUUCUGUACACGCUGUAUGGUUAUACUGUUCAAACAAAUACAUAUUCUGCAAAAGAAACGAUUGUUGUUUAUCUUUUCUUAAAGAAUUAACAUUUGCGCCGAAGGGUUGAACAAAUGGUAAAUGAACGAAGUAUGUUUAUUAGGUAAAUAAAAAACACUACUUAACGCUUUAAUUUUACUUACAUUAUGAUAGUAAAAAAAUUUUUUAUCUGCUUAUAUCGUUACAUAAUUUAGUACAUCGUAAAGUUUAGAUAAGGUAAAAGUAAUACUAACUAUUAAUCUUGUCAUUGAUUACUUUUAAUCACGUUUUUGUAAAACUUGCGAGCAGAUGCAACCAUGAUCAAUUUUUUUAAUACGCUUGCAGUGAUAUGCGUUGUUAUUGGCAAGGUGGAAAAGAAAGAUAAUAUAUUGAUAAUUCA